CUGAGCGCGACCCGUCGCCUAAGAGGAAGCUCGAGGGGCCCUGCGAGGAGUGGGCGUGCACCUCGCCGGUCCGUGAGCGGAAAAACUCCGAGCGAAGGGACCGCGAGCUGGCCGGAAGAGAUUCAGGCUUUCUCCCUCCUACCUUCUCCACAAGGCAGUAAAUAAUUUGAUCUAAAGUUGCCAUUUAAAGAAGUUCAGAGCUGAAGGUGAACAUGGCAGAAGAAGAGGACUAUAUGUCUGAUUCCUUCAUUAAUGUGAAGUAAGUAAAUGUAUACCACAUGUAUUCAUGUUGUAUUAUGAUGAUAUAUGCUCUAUCUGAUUCACAAGAAAAAGAAAAGGAAACCAAAAGGAAAAUCAUAGUAUUACAGGAUAUCAACCCAUAUGUCUUUCUGCUUCCAAUGUUUUCUUUUAAAUUAUUUAUUAUUGGAUCCUAAUUUCUAAUCUACUCUGCAAUCUGCUUCUAUUUUAUGGGCAACCUCACCCCAUUCACAGUCACAGGUAUAAUUGCUAUGUUUCCCUCCAUCCUAUUCUGUUUAUUCUAUUCACUCUCUUUUUACCCCAUCCCUCCCUCAAAAGUCUAUUUUGCUUGUGACCAUUGCCUCCCUUUUGUCACCACCAUCCCCUUUUCUCUUAUCCCUUUUCCUUCACAAUUCCCUUUUGGGUAAGAUGGACUUCUAUAGUCAACUGAAUAGGUGUAUAUGUAUUUGUGUGUUUGUGCAUGUGUGUAUACACAUUUAUACACACCACCCCCUCUUUGAACCAACUCUGGGGAAAAAUACAGUUCAGAUGUUGUCCAUCACUCCUCUCCCAUUUUCUCCUCUAUUGUAAAAAUUCUUCGUUGUGAGAUAAUUUCCCUUCCUCCCAUGUAUCCUUCUUUCUCAUCCCUUCAUUUUUUUUAGGUCAUCCCAACAAAAUUAACUCAUACCCAUGCCCUCUGCCAAUAUAGACUUCUUCUAGUUGCUCUAAUAAUGAUAUAAUUCUUAAGAGUUGCAUGCCUCAUCUUCCCAUAUAGGAAUGUAAAUUUUAUAACAUCAAUGAAUCCUUUAAUUUCUCAUUCAUUUUUACCUUUUUAUGUUUGUACCAAGUUUUGUGUUUGAACAUCACAUUUUCUGCUUAGCUUUUCAUUAGAAAUGCUUGAAAGUCCUCUGUUUAAUUAAAUAUCCAUUUUUCCCCAGAAAGAUUAUACUUGGUUUUUCUGGAUGCAUUAGUCUUGGUUGUAAUCCUAGCUCAUUUGCCUUCUGGGAACAUCAUAUUUCAAGCCCUCUACCCUUUUAAUGUAGAAGCUACUAAAUCUUAUAUGAUCCUGACUGUUUCCAUGAUAUUUGAAUUGUUUCUUUCUGGCAGCCUUUAAUAUUUUCUCCUUGACCUUAGAGAUCAGGAAUUUCGGUUUAGCUCUACUUCUUACGAAGUUUGGAGUAUUCUUAAAAUUCUGUUUUGUUUAUCAACAUCCAACCUAAAUCUGCCUGUCUACCAUUUUUGUCUAUUAUUUUCUGCUCUGUCUUCUGGAACCAAGAAGAAAUCUAGUCUCUUCUUCAUGAUAGCCCGUCACACAUUUACUAUUUCAUUGAUUUAAAGUUAGAAGGGACCUCAGGGUGUCAUCCACCUAAAAUGUAGAGCCCAGAAUUAUUCAUAAUUCACUAGACAGGGAGACAAGAAACACAUCAGUUUUGAGAGAUUUUUAGUUUUGUUCAAACCUAUUGUUUUUAUAUCACAUUCAUGUUUAGCUACACUCUUUCCCAUCAAUUAAACCAACUCUUAUGACAAAAACAUUUAAGCAAAAGACUCCUUUAGAUCUCUAGAUCUAGUUCUGUACUUUCCCCUGAGUUUCAGUCCUAAUUUUCAGUUGCCUAUUGAAAUGGAUGUAUUAAAAUAAUGGGUAAAACCUAGUAAUUAUAACAAAAUAACAGUUUAUUUAAAGUAAGGGAAAAGGGAUGGGAAUAGGAAUGAUCUGAUCUUAAUCCAAAGUCAAAGUGCUAACUAUUAACUACUGAUUUCACUACCUAUAAGUCUAUCUCCUUGUAACUAUUUAAAUUAACCCUCCCUUAGUUAAUAUAUUAAAUUUGGUAACAGGAACAAGAGUCAAAGGAUGGUCUAUUGACAUUUCCUUUUAAGAGUCCUAUGGUUACCUCAGGCCUAAUCUGAAAUGACAUUUAUUCCCCUCAUUAUUCUGUCCCUGUCUCAGUUUCCCCUUCACUUUCAGUGUUAUCCCUUUCCCCAGUAAUCCAAGCUUAAAACUGUCAUGUCAUUUUUUUGACUCGUUCUGUUUUUAUAAUUGGGUCCAGCUUGUCACCAAUUACCAGUGAUUUUUCCUUUAAAAAUGUGUUACACCUCUUUCUUAUAACAUUUUAGGCCUCAUUUCCUAUUUCUUGCAUAUGAUUAUCAGGCAGUAAAUCAUUUAGUUGUAUAAAGUAAUUCUCCUAUGGCAUUAAAUUUAUAUCCUCCAUAUAAAGCUAAUAACUUUUCCUAUAUUAUUUACAUGAAAAUAAUACAUUAAAUCAUUUUAGAAUGCUAAGCAUUUCUAGAAACCAAACUUAAUGUACAUACUUGUUUUCAUAUAUGUUUUGUGGUAUUCUUUUUCUUUUUUUAAAAAGUUACUUGUUUUUAACACGUAUGUUUGGUAUUACUAAUGGAACAAUAAAUAAAUGGAUAAAGAUAAUGAGAAAUAAAUCAUAAAAUCCAUGUAAUAUGAAGUGUCAAAAAAAGCAAAGUUUGCAUGAAUUAUUAAUCAUAAUAUUGUUUAGAGAAGACAUCAGACCUGGAUUGCCCAUGUUGAGGCGAAUCAGAGAAGCUCAUCAAAAAGAAGAAAAGCAUCGGGAAGCAAAUCUGAAAAAUAGACAAAAGAGUUUAAGAGAAGAAGAAGAAGAAAGACGUGAAAAUGUUUUGAAGAAUGCUUUGGGUAGUGAAAAUAAGGGAUUUGCUUUGCUUCAAAAGAUGGGGUAUAAAAGUGGCCAGGCCCUUGGCAAGACUGGCAGUGGCAUUGUUGAACCCAUUCCUCUGAACAUAAAAACAGGAAGAAGUGGUAUUGGUCAUGAAACAUUAAUAAAACGUAAAGCAGAGGAAGAACUUGAAAAUAACCGAAGAAAAAUUCAUUUGAGAAACCAAUACGAAGAAAAAGCCACAGAUCAGUUUCGAUUACGACUCAAAAGUAAAAAAGAAGAACUUAAGUUGGAAGGUGAUCUUAAAAGAAGUCAGAAAGCGUGCCAUCAGUUAGACACACAGAAGGAUAUUCAAGUUCCCAAGGAACCAUGGUACUGGUUCAUGUCAGAAGAAGAGGAACAGGAAGAUGAAAAAGAGAAAGAACUGGAAGAAGAUGAAUAUGGUGAUGAAGAAUUAAGUGUACUGGAAAAAUUACAAAUACUGACAAAAUAUUUAAGAGAAGAGCACCUGUAUUGUAUUUGGUGUGGAACAACCUAUGAAGAUGAAGAAGAUUUAUCUUUGAACUGCCCUGGACCAACUUCUGCAGAUCAUGACUAAAAUUUUUCCUAAUAAAAGGGGACCUAGAAAAAUGUUUCCGUAAUACUUUAUAUGGUUAAACAUUUUAAAUUUCACCUAUUUAUUGAUGAGAGCUAUUAAGAAGAGACCAUAAAGUGUUUUCUUGCAUAAGUAGGGAAAUUGAAGCAUUCAUCAAUGUGUAAAAAUAAGAUGUUUUGUAAGAGCAAAAAAUACCAUAGAAAUCAACAAUUAGAGUUUAUAAACAUAUUGUAAUCAUGUGGGCAGCAAGCACUCUGUUCCAUCAAAGUUCUGAACAAUUUCAGUUCUUAGCUAUGAAUUUAGAACUAGGUAGUUAAGAAAUAUUAUUGGUAAAAUUGUAACUUUUGGUAAGCAAACUGAUUGGAGGUUUUAACUCAGACCACUAAAAUUGGAAAACUUAGCUGUCAUUAUUCAUUAUUCAUUACAGAAAAUCUUUCUUCAGCAACCUCUGAUAGGCUUCAUCCAAUUUGAAUACUUUUAGUGAUAUAGAGAGCUUUCUAUUGUUUUAUAGGUUUACUUUUUAUUAUUCACAUUGCUGCUUCCUUGUAACUUUCUCCUAUUAAUCUGUAUUCUGAAGCAACCAUCACAUGACUUCAAAUUCUUGAAGGAAACUAUUAAGUCUCCCUUUGGUCCUCUGUCUUCCAAGCUAAAUAUCCCAGUGUCUUUCAAUUGUUCCUUAUUUUGAUGUAAUUUUCUGAUUUUUUUAACCUUCCCUGAUAUAUUCUAGUUUGUUCAUUCUCAUAUCAAAAGACACUAUCCAAAUCAAUGAAAUACUCCAGUUGAGGCUCAACUAAGCAUUACAGAAAAUGGUAGUUUUAUUUCCUGUGAUGAAGACAUUAUAUUUCUGUAAAUGCAUUAUAAGGUCACAUUGGCCUUAUGUUUUGUCUUGUUGGAUUUAAAGUAGCAUUCUAGCCUUUCAUAUCAUCUUACUGUCUUUCUUCUCUCAAUAGUUCUGCUUGAUAUGCUCCAUUGAUUUAAUAAGUACAGUUUCUCUGUUUUGGGCUAAGUCUGAUAAAAUGUAGGAAAGGGUAGUGACACUAGAAACUAUCUUCCUUGUUGGUAGGGUCAUUUAUCAACCCUUUUAUAGUUGUUCAACAUCUAUAAAUUCAUCAAUACUUCAUCUUAUUCACAAAAGAAUAAGGAAGUUUAUAUUGUCUAUAAAUCAUCCAGGAAGGCAAGUACAUCUCCCAUUUUUCUCCACAAAGUUUAUCUCCCGUUUUUCUCCACAGUUUAUACUCCAUAUCCUUCACUUUCAUAACAGAGUAUGAGCUCCUUCUAUGGGAGAAGCUAUAUGUCAACAAUAGAAGAACAAAAUUAAUUUCUUAGUUAAUUUACCCUUGGAUACUGUGAUUCAUCAGGUUGCAAGUACUGUUUUUUUUUGUUUGUUUGUUUUUUGAGUUGCUACCUUAGAGCCUGACUCAGCUUGAUAAUUUGUUGUCACCAUAGCUUCUAUUUUAAACAAAUAUAACUAGUGAAAGCCUCAAGCAGAAAUACAAAUAGAGCACCUACUUCCUAAUUCGGCCCUGUCCAAAUUUCCUGAUCUAAAUAAGCUAUCAGUCAAAUUUUUCCACUACCACUCAAAAAGACUGCUGGGGAAAUUGUUGUUAAGCCUUUUUAGCCAGAUCUAGCUUCUUCCUCCUCACUCUUUACUUCUGCUAACUUAAAUUUUAAUAGCCCUUAGAAAAGUUUUAUCCUUUUAUACAGUUGAUAUACAAAUAACAUGUCAACCAGUCAAAGGUAAAAUUGAUAAUAUAUCACAUUUUAAAACCAUUUGUGAUUCCUUGAAUAUAAAUACACAUAAAGAAAAUUUUAAAUUUUA